GAAUUUGCCUCCCGGAACUCUUUCUUUGACGCACCGGCCCUGUGCCAUCCGGCUGGUUGACGGUGUGCGGAUUUUUUCGCUCCUGGGCCACGCUUAGCCAUGUCGUACCAGGUGGAGGAUUACGAUGAGGGCUCAUACGAUCCCUAUACAUAUCCAGGGGACUAUGAUGGGCAUACAGGAGAUCCAAAACAGGAUCUGGCAUAUGAAAGACAGUAUGAACAGCAAACCUACCAAGUGAUUCCUGAGGUGAUAAAAAACUUCAUCCAGUACUUCCAUAAAACUGUAUCUGAUCUGAUUGACCAGAAGGUGUAUGAGCUGCAAGCAAGUCAUGUAUCAAGUGAUGUCAUUGACCAGAAGGUAUAUGAGAUCCAAGACAUCUAUGAGAACAGCUGGACCAAAUUGACAGAAAGAUUCUUUAAAAAUACGCCAUGGCCAGAGGCAGAGGCAAUUGCACCGCAGGUUGGAAAUGAUGCUGUCUUCCUGCUUUUGUACAAGGAGCUGUAUUAUAGACAUAUCUAUGCUAAAGUCAGUGGCGGUCCAUCAUUGGAACAGAGAGUUGAGUCUUAUUACAACUACUGCAACCUGUUCAACUAUAUUCUCGAUGCAGAUGGCCCAGCUCCCCUGGAACUGCCCAAUCAAUGGCUCUGGGAUAUUAUUGAUGAAUUCAUAUAUCAGUUCCAGUCCUUCAGUCAGUACCGCUGCAAGACAGCCAAGAAAUCUGAAGAAGAAAUUGAUUUUUUGCGUUCAAACCCUAAUAUUUGGAAUGUACAUGGUGUUCUCAAUGUGUUACAUACCCUGGUGGACACAUCCAACAUCAAUCGGCAGCUAGAGGUCUAUACUAGUGGAGGUGACCCUGAGAGUGUGGCUGGAGAGUAUGGCCGCCAUUCGCUCUAUAAGAUGUUGGGUUACUUCAGUCUUGUGGGGCUGCUCCGUCUUCAUUCAUUGCUGGGUGAUUACUAUCAAGCCAUCAAAGUUCUGGAGAACAUAGAGCUUAAUAAGAAGAGUAUGUAUUCACGAGUGCCAGAAUGCCAGGUCACUACCUAUUACUAUGUGGGUUUUGCAUACCUUAUGAUGAGACGAUACCAAGAUGCCAUCCGUGUCUUUGCCAAUAUCCUCCUUUAUAUUCAGAGGACCAAGAGCAUGUUCCAGAGGACAACCUACAAAUAUGAGAUGAUUAACAAACAAAAUGAGCAGAUGCAUGCCCUUUUGGCCAUUGCUCUCACUAUGUAUCCCAUGCGCAUAGACGAAAGCAUUCAUCUGCAGCUCCGAGAGAAGUAUGGAGACAAAAUGCUGCGUAUGCAGAAGGGUGAUGCCCAGGUAUAUGAAGAGCUCUUCAGCUAUGCCUGCCCUAAGUUUCUCUCCCCUGUUGUCCUCAACUACGACAAUGUGCAUCCCAACUACCACAAGGAGCCUUUCCUGCAGCAGCUGAAGGUCUUUGCUGAUGAAGUCCAGCAGCAGGCCCAGCUCUCCACCAUCCGCAGCUUCCUCAAGCUCUACACCACAAUGCCCGUCGCCAAGCUGGCUGGCUUCUUGGAUCUCACAGAGCAGGAAUUCCGCAUCCAGUUGCUUGUCUUCAAACACAAGAUGAAGAACCUGGUCUGGACAAGUGGCAUCUCUGCCCUGGACGGGGAGUUUCAGUCAGCCUCUGAGGUGGACUUCUACAUUGACAAGGACAUGAUCCAUAUUGCAGACACAAAGGUUGCUCGCCGCUAUGGGGAUUUCUUCAUCCGUCAGAUCCAUAAGUUUGAAGAGUUGAACCGGACUUUGAAGAAGAUGGGCCAGAGACCUUGAGAAUCCUUCAGUUGGCACUAGGCAGCUUCCAUAUUUCUGUUAAGAGCGGUGGGGGAGGGCGGAUGAACUAAGUAUUCUGGAAUUUUCUGUAGUGUCCUGCAAACUUUACUUGGAUAGCAAAUGGAUGAGCUCAUGCAAAAGAUGAAGAAAUCUAAUUAAAUGAUGGAAAUCUCUUA